UUUGAAUGUAUACGCGAGUAUUUUGUUCAAAUUGUCGUCAUAAUGGAAAAGUAAUCAAUUGGAAACGUUAAUUCAUGAAAAUAACUUUUACCCAAUGGGAAAUUGUAUGAAAAGUUCGAACCUAAAAGAAAUUAAUCCACAUUUGAAUAAUGAAGAACUUUUAGCAUCACCACAUUAUGUACAAUUAUGUAAAGAUUUUCAUACUCAUGAAGAUAUCAUUAAACUUAUUUCAAUUAUCACUGGGAAUUCAAAUGAAUUAUGCCAGUGUAUAUUAAAAGAUGGAGAGGAAUUAGACAAUCUGAAACGUGAUAUUGUAACUUUUUUAGAAAAACAUUGCUUAGAUCGAUGCCAUUUUCCUUUAAAUGACGAUCCAUUACAUUCAGUAAAAUGGGAUCCAAAUUUAACUAACGAUCAAGAGAAUGAGAAAACUGGACAUCCUACUAAUGCUACAGGUAGUAGAUUGUACAAAUCAACUUUAUGGCCAUUGAUUAGUACACAUAUACUUGGAUUUACUGUAUUAAAAUCAAAUUUAUUAAAUUGUAUAGAAUGGUUAGAGUAUAGUGAAUAUGAAAGACAUACAAAAGUACCGUAUGAUCAAGUUUCAAUUUUUCGAACUGAUCAAACAACAACAACAACCACAAACGAUGAUGAUGAUUCAAAUGUACCAAAUGAUGAAAAUGAUACUGGACUGAACAAAGUGAAUGAUACUGGUGACGAUGAUGAUAAUACGGAACGUUUAUGUUAUACCAUGUUUAUAUGUCAAGCAAAAUGGGAUGCAAUGAAAUUUUUAAAAAUAUUUCAAAGUAUUAAAAAUGUUAUGCAUAGUUUAGAAAUAAGAACUGGAUGUAAAAUUCGUUUAAGUAAAUGUUUAUUUAUGUAUAAAGGUAAUCCAGUACGUAUACUUGUUAUUGAUGGACCAAGUAAAGAACAAAUUGUACAAUGUUAUACAAGUUUACCACAAUGGGUUACUCGAAUGUUGAUAUUGGAAAGUGAAAGACCAAAUGCAAGAUAA